UGCUGGGAAGCUUUAAAUGGAGGAUGAAAGUGCCAAUCAGUGGCAAUUUCCUCUUUCACUGGAGCAUAAACUGAGACUGCGCACACUGACAGUCAGUGCGAGAGAGGGAGACCUUGGGGAGAAAGCAAGGAGAGGCGGAAAGCAGUUAUCUGGGCACCAGCAGAAUGCAGUACUUGACGGUUGGAUUUUUCGUACUGAGCCAGUUCCUGGUUAAGGCCUUCAAUGUCCCUCUGGAAGAGCUGGAAAAUGGAGGCCACCAUUGGAUCGUUCUUGUUGCUGGCUCAAAUGGCUGGUAUAACUACAGGCAUCAGGCAGAUGUGUGCCAUGCCUACCAGAUUGUCCACCAGCAUGGUGUUCCAGAUGAUCGCAUUAUUGUCAUGAUGUUUGAUGACUUAGCACAGAGUGAUGAGAAUCCUACAAAAGGCAUUAUUAUUAACCAGCCCAAUGGCACAGAUGUAUACAAAGGUGUGGUCAAGGAUUACGUACAAGAGCACGUGACCCCAGAAAUCUUUUUGGCCGUCCUCCGAGGAGAUGCAGAAGCUGUAAAGGGAAAAGGUUCUGGCAAGGUUUUAAAAAGUGGCCCCAAAGAUCAUGUAUUUAUUUAUUUUGCUGAUCAUGGAGCAGAUGGAAUACUAGCCUUUCCCAAUGAUGAUCUUCAUGUCGAUGAGCUACAGAAGACUAUCAGAUACAUGCAUAGACAUAAGAAAUAUUCUAAGAUGGUGCUUUACAUUGAAGCUUGUGAGUCUGGGUCAAUGAUGGUGGAACUGCCAGAGGAUAUUAAUGUGUUUGCCACUACUGCUGCCAAUCCAGAUGAAUCCUCUUAUGCCUGUUAUUAUGAUGAAGCUCGAGAUACCUAUUUGGGUGACGUGUACAGUGUUGUGUGGAUGGAAGACUCUGACCAGGAGGACCUGAAAAAAGAAUCAUUGCAUCAACAAUUCAAAAUUGUAAAGAAAAGAACCAACACGAGCCAUGUGCAAGAGUAUGGGAAUCUGACACUUUCCCACAUGAAACUGAAUGCAUUUCAGGGUUCUAAGAAAGCACCGCCCAAGACGCAGCAUCCACUAGACAUUGUGGAUGCGGUGCCAAGCCCCGAUGUCCUGCUUGACAUCCUAAAGCGCAGGUAUAUGGCAACGAAUGACAUUGUGCUGGCUCAGAAGCUGCUGACGGAGAUUAAUGUGCACCUGGAGAGGAAACAGGUAAUUCAGGAGACUAUGAAGAAGAUUGCUUCCAUUGUUACCCAAUCUGUGGAGCAAGCAGAUUGGAUUUUAAAUUCUCGCAGUAGGAUCCAUGAUCACGUGUGUUAUCAAACAGCAACUUACCACUUCAAAACUCGCUGCUUCAACUGGCACAAGCCACUGAAUGAGUAUGCACUGAGACUACUUUAUGCUUUAGUCAAUCUCUGUGAAGGCUACUCAGUAACCAGUAUCCUUCAAGCCAUGGAUAACGUGUGCCUUGUGAGGAGUUAAAAUGCACUGGACUGAAUACACAGAAAACUUAUGUUUGUUCUCAUUUGACUUAACUGUCUUGAUUUUAAUAUUGCUUCAUUUUAAACAUUUUGAUUUUCAUACAGUUUCUGUACAAGAAAGCUUGCUCAGAUUGCCUUACAGCUGGAAAGUAAUUUUCUGUGAAAUAUGCACCUUGUAACCAAAGAUAUUAAUUUCCCUUUGGUUGGUUUUAAUAUUGGUUGUAAAUGACUAGGAUGAAGGGAAAGCACUAAUUGCCACUAUUCUAAUGUAACUGUACUCAAAAUUACACAUAUGUAUAAAUCACUGGAAUAAAAAUGUUAGCGGGUCAAAUAUAUAUAAAUUUGACAUGUCAGGUGUGGCAAUGUUGAACAGUUGCAUACAUUCCUGUCUCUACCAAGAUUAUUAAAUGUGUUUUCAAUAAAUGUACCUGGUAGUACCUCUCAUGUA